AGUCUCUCUUCCCACCACACCGGAAGCAGUAUUUUCGUCACUUUGGCUCGAGGAGUGUUUUUUGACCGAUGUUGGUAUUAUUUUCAUUUUGAAGAUUUGUGUUUUCUAACGUGCGGUUAGUAGUUUGUAAAUAACUGUAGAUCAUACACAAACUUUACAACUGCGCUGUAUCCUGUGAAUGUUGUAGCUUUUGAGUUGUACACUGUUCAACUUUUACGUGCAGCAGUGCUGUAAGUAACAGUUUUACAAAACACUCGAGCUGCUCGUUUUCAGGACGGACAGGACAAUGAAAGCAACGACACACUCGAAGGAUGAAGCAGAUACACCGCAGCCACUGUCAGCUCUGCGGCUCUUAGCUCCACCCCUGCACCUGGUGUCUGCAGCCAUGUGGAAGGUGAUGCAGCGGAGGGAUGCUGUUCAUUAUGGGAAAUUGGAGGAGAUUAUAACAUCAAUCUCUGAGACUGUCCCUGGGUUGCUCAGUUACAGACAUCAAGCCAGGCUGACAAUGGGUUUACGGGCACUGCUGAUCUUGGAGAAGCUUCGUCAGUCAGAUCCUCCUGACACUCCACAUGUCCUCCAGGAGCUGGGCAAGCUGCAAGCUUUCUCCUUUACCAACAGAAAGAAGAAGGAUCAGAAGGUGGAGGAAGCUAAACGCAACUUCCACUCCAUGGUGCACUCUCUCCUAAAGAAUCCAGCAUCUAGAAAUCAAUUCUUCAAGGAGGAUUUUCAGGUUCAGUAUGGAGGGCAUUACGUGGCCAGUCUAGAGAAGCUACUUUGGGAGUUUCUAAACAGAUUGGAUCAGCUAUUACCUCCUCCAGAUCUUGCUCAGACUGUCUCAUGGCUCAGUGCUGCCCCUGCUGUUUUGGAGGAGUGUGCGCGCUCUGCCUCUCAGCCCCAGCUCCUCAGAACUCUGCUGCAGCAUGAGAAAUGCCUCGGACACCUCGGGUCAGCAUCUCUUCUGUCCUCCACUGGUGAAUCGAUCCUAUCCUCUCUUUCUCUUCCUCUUUCUGGCAAAGUGCUGCAGACCAUCCAAUCAGAAUCCACUCCCAAAUCUAACACAGUCUUAAGUCCUGCCUUUUUAACACCCAGAGCUACUCGUAGAACAGCAGAAGAAGCCCUUUCGCAGGUUGCACCUGUGAUUGGGUCAAUUACCAAUGAAGAUCUCCAAAAAAACGUCCUAACCAAGAAAGCAGCACCCAGUGUAGUAAGAGAAUUUGAAUCAGCCUUGGAGAGAUCCAAAAAUACCAGGACCAAACAAAGCUCAUGUUCUGAGAAAGAGAUUUUAGAGAAGGAUCCAGAACAGGAUUGUUUUGUUGGGAAUAUGCUAGUCACAGUCCUCAGUCAGUCAUCAGACAGUGGAGAAGAAGUGGAGGGGGACAACAAAGAAAAUAGAAAUGAUAGAGAGAGGAUUAGUGAAAGCAGACUUCCUAGAAAGAAUGGACACAGAGAAAAAGAGGGAGAUGUUGAGAGAGAGUAUUCACCUAAGAGAAAAACCCAAGGCAUGGGCUCACAGGAAGAGGUAGAUGUCAGUGCUCUCCACAUUUCCUGUAUGAAGCGACAACUCAGAGUUGUCAUUCCCAGAUUGAACCUCAGCAGUGUCAAUCUUCCGGUCCACCUCAAUCACCUGUCUGAUAAGGAAGAUGACACCAGAUCUCCAUGUCAAGCUAACGUAAAAGAUAUAUCCAGAGUGGGAAACAGUGACUCGAUGACACGGAAGAGGAAAUGUAUUGAUUUGACCACAACACCUGAAAAGCAUCUGGUGGACAUAAUCAAUAAACAAACCUCGUCUGCCUCUCCGUGUAUCCCCCUUGUUCUGCAUUGCAAAAUGGCAACUCCAGAAACACUGUCUUCUAUAACUGAUUCAACUGAUGAUGACAUGAUAGUCGACUCUGAGGAUGAGACAAUAGAUAAAGUGAGGAGAAAGGUUUGUAACCACACCUAUAUUAUUAAAACAUCCAAAUAAAAGUUUUGGUGGUAGUCAUCUAAAUCCAGUGGCAAGAGAGAUGAUCGAUCAAAGGUUCAGGCCUCUCAAGAGUGCUGGAGUUACAGCAGAAAUCUGUGGCCACGUACACAUUGCAACUAAACACGGUUGUCGCUACUCUUCUGAGUGCGUAAUCGUGUUAUGUAAACAGAGUUUGAUUAUACAGGAGCAUUAACUGCGCUCUUCAACCGAAAGACUCCCAAAAAACUCGAAAUGAAUUUUCAUUCAAUCCGUGUAGUGGACUGCACGUCUGAGAUGUGUGUCUCUCUUCUCCAGGAGCAGUGCUAGCAAAUCAGAGACGGAAGUAUGUGUCUUAACUCAUUCACAGAUUUUGGGACAAAUCUGUGUCUCUCUACCUCAGUUGCUCCUGCCAGCCCUGCGGUCUAGGGGUAACCCAUACAUCCACAGAGCAGCAGCUUGCCAAGCAUAAACAAAUCA